CCCGGAGCACCCAGCCAAGGCUUGACGUUUUAAAGGGAGCCCUGAGCGCGUCGCUGCUUCCUCAGAUUUACGGAGCCCGAGAAAGGGAGAAGCGCCCAAGAGUCGCGGCGGGCGCUCGCUGCCCUUUCUCUUCCCUGAGCGGACUGUACAAUCCUCGGCAGUGUCCUGAGACUGUAUGGUCAGCACAGGGACGGCUCGGUUCGGAUAGCAGCCAACUUGGGCGACCUUCGUUCUUCUGCUCGCGUCUGAAUCUGCGCGGAGAGAGCGCCUAGCCAGGGGCCCUGGGCGGCAGGGAGUCUAAGCCGCCUGAAGGAGCGCGGGGGAAGGCAGAAGCGGCGAAAAGGGCGAGCGAAGCAACCCAGCCCAGCGCCUAUCAAAGGCCUUCAGGGACCUUCCCACCCACUGAAGCCAGGCUCCCGCCUGGAUCUCUGGGCGCCCAGGUUGCUCUCGCCUAGCGGGACGCCCACGGGAGAGCCUUCGCCUUCCUUUCCUCGCGCUUGGGUUAAGCAGCAAGCCGGCAAAGAGCGAAGGGGAGCAGCCGGGAUGACAGCUGAGAAGGAAAAGAAGAGAGAUGGAGCAAUAGAGGUCCAGCAGAUAACCCUAAUCAGGAACCAAAAGGAGCAGUUCUGAAAGAAGGAAAGAGAAAUCAAGGGAUGCAGCAAGGUGUAGAAGAAGCAAAGAAACUGAAGUAUUCUAUGAGUUGGCCCAUGAGCUACCAUUGCCACACAACAUUAGCUCACAUCUGGACAAAGCAUCUAUUAUGAGGCUUGCAAUCAGUUUCCUACGGACACACAAGCUGUUAUCUUCAGUCUGCAGCCACAAUGAGAGAGAAAUUGAAACAGAUCAACAGCUGGAUAACUUGUACCUGAAAGCUUUAGAGGGUUUUAUCACUGUCAUCACACAGGAUGGAGACAUGAUCUUUUUGUCUGAAAACAUCAGCAAAUAUAUGGGUUUGACACAGGUGGAAUUGACUGGCCACAGCAUUUUUGAUUUCACUCACCCAUGUGAUCAUGAAGAAAUUCGGGAAAAUCUAAGUUUGAAAAAUGGUCCAGGUUGUGGGAAAAAAAAUAAAGAGAUGUCCCUGGAACGUGACUUCUUCAUGAGAAUGAAAUGCACUGUUACCAACAGAGGCAGAACUGUAAAUCUCAAAUCUGCCACGUGGAAGGUUUUGCACUGCACAGGACAAAUUAAGGUCUAUAAUACCUGUCCUCCUCAUGCUCUGUGUGGUUUUAAGGAGCCACUCUUAUCCUGCCUUAUACUGAUGUGUGAGCCCAUUCAGCAUCCUUCCAAUACUGAUAUUCCAUUGGACAGCAAGACUUUCCUGAGCCGUCAUAGCAUGGACAUGAAAUUUACUUACUGUGAUGACAGGAUAACUGAAUUAGUUGGAUAUCACCCUGAGGAACUGCUGGGCCGUUCUGCGUAUGAAUUCUAUCAUGCACUGGAUUCUGAGAAUAUGACCAAAAGUCAUCAAAACUUGUGUGGGAAAGGUCAAGUGGUUACAGGGCAGUAUCGCAUGCUUGCCAAGCAUGGUGGCUACGUGUGGCUUGAGACCCAAGGAACAGUCAUCUACAAUACUCGGAACUUGCAGCCUCAGUGCAUAAUUUGCAUUAAUUAUGUUCUAAGUGAAAUAGAGAACAAUGAAAUUGUAUUCUCCAUGGAUCAGACAGAAUCACUUUUUAAGCCUCAUAUGAUGUCCAUGAACUCUAUAUAUGACCAUGGAAUUCCAGUGGCUGAUAAGAGUGACUUCUUAUUUACCAAGCUGAAGGAAGAACCAGAAGAACUUGCCCAGUUGGCACCCACACCAGGCGAUGCAAUUAUUUCUCUUGACUUUGGAACGCAAAAGUUUGAGGAAAUCCCUACCUACAACAAAGCUGCAAUGACUCCAAACACUCAGUGGGUUACAGAAGGGAAGAACCAGGGAUCACAGACUGAAAAGCUGAGUGUACCAUCAUUUACCUUGCCUCAAGUUGUACCUGGCAGCAGUACCCCCAGUGCAAGCAGCAACAGCAGCUGUUCCACCCCAAGUAGCCCAGGAGAUUAUUACACUUCUUUAGAUGAAGACCUGAAGAUAGAGAUGAUUGAGAAACUUUUUGCCAUGGACACAGAUGCCAAGAAUCAAUGCAGUUCACAGAGUGACUUUAAUGAACUGGAUCUUGAAACUUUGGCUCCUUAUAUUCCCAUGGAUGGAGAAGAUUUCCAGCUGAGCCCUAUCUGUCAAGAGGAGCGUCCUCUGUGUGAAAGUGUCCAGCUUCCUCAGCCCAGCUUAAGCAACAUGAACAGUCUUUUCCAACCACUUUCUCCUUCUUCCCAAAGCGAGUUCCUCCUAGAGAAAUAUUGCCAGCCAGUAUCUGACAAAAACAUGCCAGCAGGCCAAGGGACUCUGCCACUGGCAUUCUUCAAUCAUGGAAGUCAAUCAUCCUCAUUCUUGCUGCCCUACUAUGCACAAGCCAACACUCCACUGUCUUCAAUGGGUGGGAGACCAAAUACACAGUGGCCACCUGACCCACCAUUACAGUAUGUGCCAACAAAAUGGAGAGGAAUCAGCAAUAAGUCGUUAAUAAACUCUGCAUCAGACCCUCCAUCACUGCAUUUGCCCAACAUAAGCACAGAUAAGAAAAGAUCACUGGAAAGUUUUGGACAGCGUGGCAUAGAUAUAAAUCCAGCCCGAAUAGCUCUUGCCAACAGUCUGAAGUUGAAGCGGCAGUUAAAUUAUGAGGACCAAACAUUUCAACAUCUGAAUGGGACACAAGAUGACAUAUCUGGCCUUAAUCCAACCCACUUAAUGUUGAAAAGAAUGAAAAUUCUCACAAGUGAAAACUUUGCAUUGCUUUCAGAAAAGAAGUCACUCAGCACAAGUGUCCUUAAUGAUAAGUUCCUUUGUAACCUACAAAGAUGCCCAGGCCAGCCAGUGCAUGUGAUGCAGCAACAACAGCAGCAAGAUCUACCACUGUCCUCUGGCAACUCUGCAAAUAAUCCCAAAGCUGUGUAUUCUCCGCCUUUUUACAAAACCCCUUAUCAGGACUUCAGUGUAUCACAAGCUCAUAGGAUGUCAGGAAUUGCAAGUCGUCUGCUCGGGCCCUCUUUUGAACCUUAUUUGUUGCCAGAAUUGACCCGAUAUGACUGUGAGGUUAACGUCCCGGUGAUGGGCAGUUCGACGCUUCUGCAGGGAGGUGACUUGCUUCAAGCUCUUGACCAAGCCACUUGAGCAAAUCUGGGUGCCCUCCCACCCCCGGGGCUGAUUCUGUUCCAAGCAGUUGCAGUUUUAAAAUAUAUUUUUGCAAGUAGACAAUUUCUAAUACCAAUUUACAUUUUACAAGAUUUUACUUACUUGUUGAACGUGUCCACUUUACCAAAUAGUGGCCUUUCUGAAAAGUUAACUCACUUUCUUAUUUGCUUUAAAAGAAGUAUGCAUCUACUGUAUUUUUUCCUUUUAUUCCAAUAAAGUGUUCCUUAGAAAAUUUAUAUUAUAUUAUUCCCCUUUGCCCUGUGUAAUUUAUAUGUUCUGAAAUUUCCUCAAUAUUCAUGCUAAUUAAAAAAAAAGAAGGCUUUGCGUGUGUUAUUGCCUGUAUGUAAUACUUUGGCUCAAUUUAUUGCAACUGUGUCAUUUUUUUUGCCAAAGAUGAAGUGAAAUAUUUUUUUCCCUGACGGUAGUCAGCACUACCUUAUUCAAACUGAGGACCUAUAUGGCCAUUGCCAACCUAUUUCUUAAAUUUUGUACUGUGGAAAAGAAUGCACACUUCAAUCUUUUUACAAAUCCAAAAAGAAGACAUAAAUUUGCGUUAAUUCUAGGAGUUAGCUGCUGUGUUGCCUAAUUUCUGUGAAAAUAACAAAUUGUAGUCUAAUUUAACAUUUGGGUCAGCGUACUCAUUUAAAACUGAAUGUUCUGGUAAUGCAAACAAUGGUUUGCAAUAGUAUGCAAAGGCUAUGCAUAUCAAGAACAGAAAAUGAAGUAAAUGUGAAAAUGGAUCGUUUUGUUCCUGCUUCCUCUGUAAACAGCAAAUUAUCUUAAAGUGCACUCAUAGAUCAUGCAGCGUGGAGGCUUGGCUUCAGAGCUUAUCCUGACUUAGCUUUAAAGAUGGAUGCUUUUUCCUGUUGUGUAUUGAAGAGCCAAAGCUAUCUGGCCAAUCCCUGCCAUGGAUUUAAACACUAUGAAAGUGCCUUCCUCACCUGAUCUUAAGAGAACUCCUACAAUUCAAUGUUUUCCUAAAUUAAAAUAGAUGGGAAAGUUGGUGACAUUUUAGGAUUUAAGCAUGUAUUUUGGAAAAGAAUCCAAAACAAUGGAACUAUUGCAUUCUAUCUCAUUUAGAUCAAAAUUAACUCUGCGAAAUCUGUCUAAUUAAGUCAAGAAUUUAAAAGAGAAUUGGGGAUAAUCAUAAAAAAUACCAAUCACCUAUAUUAUUGAAUAUGUUUCAAUUCCCUAAUGUAUUAACCCAACCACUAUGCUGAUUUGAUACUUUUGUCUGGGUUAAAUAUUUAUCACAUACCGGAAUUUUGUACUAUCUUUUAAGAUAGAGGCACAAUUAUGAAUGCUUCUUUGGAAUCCUUUUCUCCAGUUCCAUCAUUUUGUUAUGCCAUGACAGGAAUUGUCUAAAGAUUAUCAUUAACACUGCUAACUGCCAGUUAAAUUGGAUGUUGCUGUUUAGGCUUUUGUUUUUUUCUUCUCGGUUAACUAGCCACAUCCUUCACACUACCAAUUUGUAUUGAGAAAUAAAUACAUUUGCUUGCUUACUUACUAUGCUAUAGAAAGAGUUCUAGACUCUGGUGUAAUUGAGAUUUUUGUCACUUUUUUUAGUAUACCUUAAUGUUGAUAGCCUUUCCACACAAAUAAUAUUUUAGUAGGUUUUGAAAAGACCAUUCUGAACUUUCAGAAACACUAUAAGAAAACAUGUUGGUGCUCAGGAAUUUAUUUAAAUAGAAAGAGUCCAUUUCAUUCCAUGGAGUCCUGUUUGCCUUUACUGGGUAAACAGGAACAGCUGUAUAUUCAAUUCAGUAAUAAUAUAAGCUCAAGGAAUUCAGCUGAUUUAAAAGUAUUUAUUAAAACCAUAGAACAGAUGUGCACAACCUGAGACCCUAAGGUCUUAUCUGGCCCCAAAAGCUUUGGACCAACCCUUAGAGACCUCCAAAAGUUAAUACCAAACUGCAAUAUUUAAUGAGACAAAGUAAAGUUAUUAAAUGUGCAAAAGGAGAUCAGUUGUGUUUAUUAUUUUAAUUUGAAUUCGGUUUAGAUGUAAAUGAAAUGACAUCAUAUUGGAGAGCUGCCGCCAGCUUGCCCAAGGUUCAGUGUGAUGCUUGGCACAGAAAAAAUUGCACACCCUUACCUUUGAAUUUUAGAAUAAGCUUUAGAAGGCCAAGGUAGAGUCAGAGAAUCAGGAAAUGUAGUAAUGUUACCUGAUGCUGAAGUCUCACCUGCUUAGAUGAUUAUCUGGUGUAAAUUAACACCAAUUGAAAUUUUAAAAAACAGAGACUUCUCUUAGAGUGAAACUGGUUUCAUUGGAGAAUGCGUUAUGGGGGAACACUCCAGAGCAAAUUGUUGGAAAGGGUGAGUACUAAGGAGUACCUAGGGGAAAAAAUCAGAGAAAAAAAACCCUGUUGUAUAGGUGGAAGUGUACUUAGAUGGUAUUAAUUUCCACUCUUAGAAAUUAAAACAGUGUUACUAUAUUCCUCCUCAUGUUCAUUGCCCUCAUCAGACAAGUGUGUUAGUGUUUAAGGCUCAUUAAAGAUAGUAGGAUUCAAGAUGUAACCAAGCUUUCCUCAGUCCUAUUUAUUAUCUUGACUACCUUUUGAAGGGGGAAAGGAGAGUUUCAGGCCUAUAUUUAUUUGUGGUUUAUACUGCUGAAGUGCCUUAAAUCACUUAGUCCAUAGUUGCUACAAAUAUGGCUCCUAUUCUUCCAUACAUGAGAAAUAUAAAACUCUGCUAGAACUUUGCAUGUUCUUCAUUGAAGAUAUUAAUGGAGUCCUUGUAAACCCAAGCAGUUGUCUGUCUGCCUUACAUUGCAGUUUUGACAAAAAUCAAUGUUCCAUCUAGCCAAAGCUAAGUUAAUAGAAAAAGGAAAAACAGAUUAAAUGUGAUGUAAAUAGAGUUUGCUUGCAUUUUUGGAAAAGAGUUUUUCAAACUAGAUAAACUCAUGAAGGAAGUUGUUUGCAGAAAGAUUUUAGAGUGAAAGUAUUUAGGAAUGAGAUCUGCUCAGGGAUCUUUGUUUUUUAAAAAAAAUGAUUACAAUUUUGUUUAUUGAUUCAACAUCUCCACAAUGAAUGGAAAAAAAGGCUCAGAAAUGCUAUAAAUUUGCCCUGGUUCUUUUUGUUCCAUGGCAUAAUCUCUCUAGAAAUACUCAUAUUCAGGAGGUAAUUCUGGUCCCCAAGUUAGGAUUUUCAUUAUUUUUCAGCAGCUCACUACAUUGUACCAAGGGCAAGUACUUAUGAAAAAGAGAAAGAUCUGGAAGACGUCUUCCACUCAAGAUGUUAGCCUUAACAUUCUGCCUCUUGAUGAUUAGUAUCUUCAGGUGAGGUUAUAUAAGGCAGAGGGAAAAUUGGGGCCAGUCGAAGCAAUCUUUACAGCAAAGGAUAAAGAGGUAUAGAACUCUCCCAAUUCCAGAAAUUGUUCAGACUGAGAAUUGAAUCUUCUUCAGAACUGAUAACAUGAAUGUCCUCUAUCUCAUCUAAAAGUAGCAACCUAAAUUAGAAAUUAUUAAGCAGACUGUCCAAAGACAAAAUAUGGCACAUGCCCCUAAAAAAAAUGCAUACUCUAGGUCAGGGGUGUCAAACUGCCGGCCCACAUUCCGGAGACGUCAUCGCAAAAACGCACCCACCCCAUUGCCAGCAAUGGCAAAAAAGUUCCGAUACGUAGCGCGACGUCACGUAACGUCGCAAGUUUAACAUGUCUGCUCUAGGUUCACAUGAAGUACAAACCCAGCCAUCAAAUAUAAUUCUAUACCUAAAUGAUAGUAAGCCCUGCUGAAAGAAAAGGCAUAAUUUUGGAAAGACAUGUAUAAAUUUGCAUUUCCAAGUAUUUGCCUAAAAACCAUGUAAAUUUCAGGAAGAAUCUCUCAAAGGGUAGCCAUCAUAAUAUACCCUUUUUCAACUUGGUGCUUUCUGGUGUUGAUUGCAAUGUUAAAAAUACAGAACCCACUGUACUUUAUAUCAGGAGGAUAUCAUGUGGAGGAAGACUGUGAUGAUACUUUCACAACUAAUUAAAAUAUGGCAUAAUUUCAGAUCUGCAGGAAGAGUGUUUUAUCAGAAUAUUGUAUUUAAAAAUUAGGACUUAUGAAGCAUUAAAGCAUUGUGUGUGUGUGUGUGUGUGUGUGUGUGUGUGUGUGUGUGUGUGUGUGUGUGUGUAAUAUGCGCAAUGGAUUACAGCUUCAAAUAAAAUACAUUUAGCGGCAAAUUUGAUUUGCUUAAUGUGACUCUCAUAUAUGAGUUUUGAUUGGCUCCGAUUGUCAGUUAUCAUAAUAAAGUUUUAAUUUUGGAAGAAACACAUUAAAAAUAUCCAUAUUAAGCUGCUAAUCUCAAAUAGUUCACUUUAAAUGAUCCACUGAUUUGCAGUGACAUCUCUGGAGCUAAAGUGGCUUGAAGCCUGUGGUUGCAGCAAAACAGAUCUCUUUGUGAUAAUGAGCUAUGUGCCUGAAUGGCACUCAUAUAUUGCUAUUUCAUUUUUAUUUGUAGUUUCAACAUUCAAGUGUUUACUCUAACCCUUUACCAAAAAUAUACUGAGAGAGAGGGAGACCAUGCUUAUAAUAUUAACCCUAACUAUUGUCAUAAUUAUUUCAUGUUCUCUCUAUUGUUGAUAAUCUUGUAACUGUAUGGCAACUUUUAACAAUAAAGAAAUGUAUUUUCACACUGAUAUCUUAUUAAAAAUUACUGAUCCUUC